GGUGAGUGCAUUGCGCUUUGGUGAGUCACAGACUGUCAUGCCUUCUCCACUGGGUUGCAGGUUCAUUAAGCAGAACAUCACUACAGAAUGCCGAAACACUACCCUCGACAACGUUCUCCAUGCAUUGAAGAUCUUAAACACGUUGAUCAGUGCCUCGUACAAGCCUCGAAGCAUUGUGAUAGAAGACUGUGUAAUACCAUACUUACCGUACGUGUUUCCAAAGUUUAACGAGUCUUUGGAAAGAAUAAAGCUAGUCCAGAGCCAAUUAGAGUACGUCUACCCUGAUGCUUUUGAUCAUCUUCAGAAUAAGUUACACUAUUUAGACCUCUCGCACAAUAAACUCCAUUCUGUUCCGUAUGCUUUCAGUACCCUACAUUCUUUAGAAAUUCUUAAUCUUCAGUACAAUCAGAUCGUUUUUAUUUGGCCCGGACCACAGUUCCGCUGGAUGUUCAACCUUCGAGAAUUUAACCUGGCUUACAACCAGAUUGGUUUCUCCAGUGACUAUGUCCCGGAUGUUCGUAAGCUUACUAUCCAGGAACCCGUUUCAGGUCAUCUGUACCAGCUAGCUCAAAACCUAACAUUGGAAGAGUUCAAUAUUGAACCAGUUACAAGCAGCCUUGAAAUCUUCAACUUAAGUGGAAACAACCUAGCGACACUUCCUGCUCAAUUGUACCAAAGAAGGUUGCCCAGUUUGAAAAUCCUUGAUUUAAGUAACAACUUCCUGUCCGAACUGCCUAAACUGACUGCUCAUUUGUUACCAGGGCUGAGAAGGUUAAGUCUACGAUUGAACUUGAUUGAAACUUUGUAUUUUUACUCUUUGCCCACUGAUCUAGAAGAACUUAAUUUCUCUGGUAAGAUAUUUACAACAUUGACAGUAUUUUACUGA